AUGCAGGGACCAUUCUAUCCAUCAAGAGUAGAAACCAUUGUCAAUGCAGUAAUGUAUGGCACGCAUCUUAAUAAAGAAGUACAGAAAUCACGCGAGUUGGUGGCGGAAUUCGCUGAUGUAUUUGCGUUGUCCAUCCGGGAGGUAAAACCAGUGGAUUUCAUUAAGUUCCGCCUGCAGAUACCACAAAGCACA